CGGCGGUUUCCCCUUUCGGUUUCCCGUCCUUCUUAGAUUGCCCGCAUCGUCUCUACCAUCUCGCUCCGCCUUCGAGAUCCUCCCGGUCUCUCAUCUCCGGACCCCGGGCGCUGCCGAUCCAUUGACCCCUCACCCUUGAUUCGCGGCGUUCUGAACCCUAUCCCUGGGUGAGACCCGAGGAACGAGUCCGAUGGCCCCAUCCGUGCCGAAGGUGACGGCAGUCGUGGUCAGCAGCGCCUCCAACUGGUGGGACGAGGUUAACAACUCUGCCCUGUGGCAGGACUGGAUCUUCCAUAUCCUCGCCUUGCUCUAUGGCCUCGUCGCUGCCGUCGCCCUCAUUCAACUGAUUAGGAUCGAAUGUAGGGUUCCAGAGUACGGUUGGACGACGCAAAAGGUCUUCCAUUUCUUGAAUUUCUUGGUAAAUGGUGUGAGAUCAGCUGUCUUUACAUUUCGCAGGAGUGUCCAACGCAUAAGGCCCGAGGUGCUUCAACAUGUUCUUCUUGAUUUUCCCAGCCUUGCGUUCUUCACAACUUAUGCACUUUUGGUGCUCUUCUGGGCUGAGAUAUAUUAUCAGGCACGUGCAGUAUCGACUGAUAGACUCCGGCCAACUUUUUAUGCAAUUAACUCUGUCAUCUAUUCCAUACAGAUAGCUUUGUGGUUGCUUUUCUGGUGGAAGCCCAUUCAGCCUGUGCUUGUAUUGUCGAAGUUGUUUUUUGCAGGUGUCUCAUUCUUUGCUGCCCUUGGGUUUCUCCUUUAUGGAGGGAGGCUUUUUCUGAUGUUGCAACGCUUCCCUGUUGAAUCAAGAGGGAGACGGAAAAAGUUACAGGAGGUUGGUUAUGUAGCAACUAUAUGUUUCUCCUGCUUUUUAGUGAGAUGCAUAAUGAUGUGCUUUAACGCAUUUGACAAAGCUGCAGACCUUGAUGUUCUCAACCAUCCUAUUUUGAACUUCCUGUACUACCUGCUAGUGGAAAUUAUACCCUCAUCUCUCGUUCUUUUUAUCCUAAGGAAGCUACCUCCAAGACGUGGAAUCACUCAAUAUCAUCCCAUUCAUUAGUCAGGGUUUUGGUUGUUUAGUCGAAGAGUUCAGAUCAUAGGAUCGCCAAGUGUAUCCUCCCUCAAGGAGAAAAAGAAUGAAGGAUGUAAAGAUGCCAUAAUGUUGUUGGAUGGUGGUGGAGAGACUGGUUUCUGGAGUGAGUGUUAUGUACAUGUGGAGACUGUAGAUAUGUAAAUUGUGGCAUGCCAGUUCAGUUGAUAUUCCUCUUUGUGAAAUUAAUUGCAGAUUAAGGUUUGGGGGGUGUGGUUUUUGGUUUAA